GCUGGGGGAAGAAUCAACACACCAGGGAGCGGAGCGGCGCGGACCGAGCACCCGAGGCGGCUGCUGCCUCCGCCGCCGCCGCCGCCGCCGCCGCCGCCAGGGCUCCAGCUGCGGGCCCGCGCCCCCCCCCAGUGCCCGCGAGCCCCCGGGCCGCGCCGCGAGCGCCUCCGGAGGGGGGGGGAAGGGCCCGGUCCUCCUUCUCCCCCUCCUCCCGCCCCGCCGACCCCCGCCGCGCCCCGCCGGCCUCCCACCACGGCCUCUCUCGGCGAGGAAACUCUGGCCUCCGCUUCCUCCUCCUCCGACUCGGACGCCGGCGGAGCCUCCCCGCCCCCGCGGAAGAAGCCCCGAGCCUCGGCGGCGGAGGGAGCAGGAGAGCCCGGGGCCUCGGCCGGCCGAGCAGGCCUCCCCCCCGCGCCCUCGCCCUCGCCCGCCGCCUCCUCCUCCGUGGUGGUGGUGGUGGGACUGCCUCCGGCCGCCCCCGCCGUCCUCCAGCGGAGCAGCGGCCACAGCCUGGUCAGCGGCGGCACCAUGCAGGCCAACGGGGCGGGAGGAGGCGGCGGCGGGGGCGGCGGGGGCCAGGGCCAGACCCCGGAGCUCGCCUGCCUGUCGGCGCAGAACGGGGAGUCGUCCCCCUCGGCGGCGUCCGCGGGGGACCUGGCCCACGCCAACGGGCUCCUGCCUGCCGCCCCCUCCGCCGCUGGCAACAAUAGCAACAGCCUGAGUGUCAAUAACGGGGUUCCCGGCGGGGCCGCCGCGGCCUCCGCCACCGCCGCCGCCGCCCUGGCCACCCCCGAUCUGGGCAGCAGCCUCAAGAAGAAGAAGCGGCUCUCGCAGUCCGACGAGGAUGUCAUUAGGCUCAUAGGACAGCACCUCAAUGGCCUAGGGCUCAACCAGACUGUUGAUCUCCUCAUGCAAGAGUCAGGAUGUCGUUUAGAGCAUCCUUCUGCUACCAAAUUCCGAAAUCAUGUCAUGGAAGGAGACUGGGAUAAGGCAGAAAAUGACCUGAAUGAACUAAAGCCUUUAGUGCAUUCUCCUCAUGCUAUUGUGGUAAGAGGCGCACUUGAAAUCUCUCAAACGUUGUUGGGAAUAAUUGUGAGGAUGAAGUUUCUGCUGCUGCAGCAGAAGUACCUGGAGUACCUGGAGGAUGGCAAGGUCCUGGAGGCACUUCAAGUUCUACGCUGUGAGCUGACACCGCUGAAGUACAAUACAGAACGCAUCCAUGUUCUUAGUGGGUAUCUGAUGUGUAGCCACGCAGAAGACCUACGGGCCAAAGCUGAAUGGGAAGGCAAGGGGACAGCUUCCCGGUCCAAACUCCUGGACAAGCUUCAGACCUAUUUACCGCCAUCAGUGAUGCUCCCCCCACGGCGUUUACAGGCCCUCCUGCGACAGGCGGUGGAGCUACAAAGGGACCGGUGCCUGUUCCACAAUACCAAACUCGACAGUAGCCUAGACUCCACGUCUCUGCUUACAGACCAUGUUUGUAGUAGGAGGCAGUUCCCCUGUUACACUCAGCAGAUACUUACAGAGCAUUGUAAUGAAGUGUGGUUCUGUAAAUUCUCUAAUGAUGGCACUAAACUAGCAACAGGAUCAAAGGAUACCACAGUUAUCAUAUGGCAAGUUGAUCCGGAUACGCAUCUGCUAAAACUGCUUAAAACAUUAGAAGGACAUGCCUAUGGUGUCUCUUACAUUGCGUGGAGUCCAGAUGACAGCUACCUUGUUGCUUGUGGUCCAGAUGACUGCUCUGAGCUUUGGCUUUGGAAUGUACAAACGGGAGAAUUAAGAACAAAAAUGAGCCAAUCUCAUGAAGACAGUUUGACCAGUGUAGCCUGGAAUCCAGAUGGGAAACGCUUUGUGACAGGAGGUCAGCGUGGGCAGUUCUAUCAGUGUGACCUGGAUGGAAAUCUUUUGGACUCCUGGGAGGGGGUGAGAGUGCAGUGCCUAUGGUGCUUGAGUGAUGGGAAGACUGUACUGGCUUCUGACACACACCAGAGAAUCCGGGGCUACAACUUCGAGGACCUUACAGAUAGAAACAUAGUACAGGAAGAUCAUCCUAUUAUGUCAUUUACAAUUUCAAAAAAUGGCCGAUUAGCUUUGUUAAAUGUAGCAACUCAGGGAGUUCACUUAUGGGACUUGCAAGACAGAGUUUUAGUAAGGAAGUAUCAAGGUGUUACACAAGGGUUUUAUACAAUUCAUUCAUGUUUUGGAGGCCAUAAUGAAGACUUCAUCGCUAGUGGCAGUGAAGAUCACAAGGUUUACAUCUGGCACAAACGGAGCGAACUGCCAAUUGCGGAGCUGACAGGGCACACGCGCACAGUGAAUUGUGUUAGCUGGAACCCACAGAUUCCAUCCAUGAUGGCCAGUGCCUCAGAUGAUGGCACUGUUAGAAUAUGGGGACCAGCACCUUUUAUAGACCACCAGAAUAUUGAAGAGGAAUGCAGUAGCAUGGAUAGUUGAUGGCGAAUUUGGAGCAGACGACUUCUGUUUAACUUAAAAUUAGUCGUAUUUUAAUGGCUUGGGAUUUGGUGCAAACAAACAUGAUUGAUAGCUGGACAGACAUGCUCGUCAUGAAAAAAGAACCAUUUCUGAAGCCCGAUUGGGGCCAAACAUUUACACCUUGCUUCAUAGUAACCAGUUGAUGAAGCACGUCGUUAGAACGUUGUCGGACACCAUGUUGAAUUAUUCCCCAUCGGUUGUGAAGAACUGUGCUACAUUCAGGCUUACCCAUUGAACUCAGUAUAUAUAUUUUUUCCUCCUGCCUUUUGUCUGGUGGGAUACCAUUCUUGUUGCUCUUCUGUGUAAUGAAGUUCAAAUGCUUGUUUGGAAACUUUAUUUAACAGUUUAGAAGGCUUGAUAGGAAGAGUUCAUUAGUCUGAAGAGUAUACAUUGGACAGGAAAGAAUUUUCUUUUGUUUCUCCAAAUCUUUCCGCCUUAUUUAGCUUGAGAUCUUUGCAGCUUGGUUCAUGGAUUCUAGCCUUGCCCGUUGCGCAGUAUAUACUGAUCAGAUGAUAAACCAGUGAACUAUGUCAAAAGCACUCUCAAUAUUACAUUUGACAAAAAGUUUUGUACUUUUCACAAAGCUUGUUGCCCCGUAAAAGGGUUAACAGCACAAUUUUUUAAAAAUAAAUUAAGAAGUAUUUAUAGGAUUAAAGUGACUUCAUUUGUAUACACUUGGAAUCUAAACCAGCUUGGAAAACAGCUUCCUCUGUGACUCAGAUACGCAGUGUAAUGAUGCUCUUGUGGAGUGCCACCUGAGACACGGCAUGGCCAGACAGUGCUCACAAGGACGUGGCACAGGAAAGCCAGAGAGAUACUUUGAAGGUUCCCUUUUUUAUUUUAUUCUCGAAGGAACAUCAGUAGCUGAUAUUGAAGAAGUACAUCAGCCGUCAGUCCAGGUUUUCAAGAAAGCUUGUUCCAAGUUCUUCUGGACUUGGGAGUCAUUUUGGUGUGAUCUAGCAAAAGUAGUGAUCAGAAGAUAGACCACUUGGGGAUUUAUAGUGUAGUUAAAUCUUAGAAGAAUUCAGAAGGCUACAAACAUAUAUGUAAACUGGAAUUAAAAACCUGAGUCAUUUUUCCUAAUUGCCCUUGAUGUCCAACAUAAAGGGAUACUUGGAUUAAAGAAGAUUCCUUCUCAGAUGUUGCCAUACUGAACCUCAUUCAAACUGGUGCUGUGGACAGUCUUUCCCUCCCCUCUUAAUUUAAGGGAUUGUUUCCUUUAUGGGGGGAAAAAAAGUCUUCUCAUUUUGAAGACUUUACAUCUAACGUAAGCCUGAUGUUCUUGGUGUAUCUUACAUCCCAUAACUGGGUCUUAACUGCUGGGUCCAACAGUCUCCCUUGAAAUUCCCUGUUUUUCAAUAGAGGACAAUCAGGGUGACCACAGCUAUUGGAAAAAGAUGUGGGAUUACUCCCAACAUAAGAUCUUGGUGAAGAAAAAUAAUUUGUAACCUACUUGCCCUUGAGGCCAAGCUAAGUCCAUAGCAUUCUCACCAUGAUCAUCCCCCUUCAGAACCCUAAAAGAAGUGAGAGGCUUGUGUUGAGGAAUCUUUCCAUUCUUGGGGGGAGGGGGUCAUAGGGAGUGAAAAGUCAGGAAAAGGGAGAAAACACAUUUGGCCUUAAGAUAGUGUUCAUUCUCCCAAAGCUCAUAGUAAGGAAAUGACAGGUCAUAGCAGAUUCUUUAAUCAAGUUGGUAUGUAAAAGAUUCCUUUAAGCUUCAUUUUGCAGAGACCACCACUUUAGAAAAGCAGAGAAAUCCUGUUUUGAUACUUCUCUAAGUUAAAAUAAUAUGUUACCUUUUACCUGGUACUUUAUUUUCUUGACUAAAAUUACUUUCAUUUUAAGCUUGAAUAAAAAUUUUCAUUCAUAACUGUAUAUAAUUAAGUGGCAACUCCUCUUUACCUCAGUGCAGUUAAAACAUAUUUUGAUUGAUAGACCCUGAAGCCAUUAAUACAUACACCCCAGUCUCUACAGUAACAAUCACUAACAUAAUGUGGGCAUAGAACUCCACAGCUGUAUACAGAUGUGGUUACAUUGUACUACAUGGCAUGUUAACACUCUCGUAAUUGUGCCCAUCAGGGCAAUUUGGCACUCACAAUCUGCUAGUGCACCCAGUCGCACCUAGAUCUGAGUUUUCACAGUGCUUCUGAAGUAGUUAAAAACACUUGGAAGUAAAACUGCACUGAAAGUGAAGGACAUUUUACAAGAACAUAACUCCUGUUAAAAUGGAGUUACAACUAUGCAAAGGUGUUUGUAGCAGCUAGGGGAGUUUGGUUUCCAGGCCUGUCAUAAUUGACAGCUUCCUGUAUAUACUGGUACUUCAAUGUGCCAACUUGCUGUGAGCGUCUGUUUCAUAUAUUUGCCAUGAAGUGAUUGUGGUAGAAAGGUGGGAAAGAUGGUGAAGAAACCUAGAGUUUAUGAUGGAAGAACCUGGUGGCAGGAUUUUUCUAACCCGUAGCUACUAAGUGAAAAUCUCUGACAAUGUGAUAAACUACAUAAAGGCUUAGAAAAUUCAAGCCAACCACAAGAUACUAAAACAAUGUAUAAACUGAAAAGUACCAAUACUUUUUGCACAUAGAUCAAAAUAGUGGAGAAUUUUGGCUCCAAAAAUCAGGUUAGUAGGCUCAAUUCCAUGUGCUUAAAAUGUUUGUUGUUAAUGCAUUGAUUAAGGGCUAGAGCAAGAAUGAAAUUAAAUGUCUUUUUCCUCUAACUGGUUUUUAGUGGUAAAGUGUUGGAUUUGGGGAUCACUGAGGUUGGUUUGUGGGUGGUGAUGAAAAGAAUUAGAGUGGGCAUUAGUUGGGGAAAGUGAGAAAACUUCAUAUUUGGGUGUAUUCUAUUAGUAUUCAUGCCGGCUGUACUUUCUUGCUCUUCCUGGCCAGGUAAAUGUGUUCUAGUAACCCAGGUAAGUAGUUAAAACAGGGAAUUUUAUUUGCAAAUGUCCCCAUAAAUUGUCCCGUUUUAUUGGGUGGGAGAAGAAAAAGGGAAUUCUCUGACUAUAAGAAAUUAAAGUAUCAAAGAGCAAUCUUGUCACUGAUUCCUUAAAGAAAACAUAAGCAGUAAUUCUGCAAGAGUAGUUGAUUAGGAAUGCUCUGCCCCGACUGGCAUUCUGUGGCAUUAAUAGAAAAUUCUUCUUUCCCACCCCUCCCCAUCUCGAAAUUUUCUUUUUUAGGAUGUUGGUUCCUGCAAACAAGAACUGACCCUCUGCCUCACAGUGGGUAAAUGUAUCGCACAUCUCUUGAAAGGGAACAUACUCAUGUCACUUACUUUACAGCAGAAGAAUGGGGAGGAAAAAAAAUUGUCUUUUAUCUUUUGUGUCCCAUUUUUUAAAAUAUAUUCUUACCUAGCAAUUUUACUUUAAUGUCUCACUUAGACUUAAGCAACUCUCCCUUUGUGUUGCUGGCCAAAGCAUUACCCCCCCCCCCCCAUUUCCAGAACCAUACCAGAUCGCUUCAGUUGCUAACUUAAAAGAGUGAACUUGCAUUUACACUUUGUAAAACCAGGGUGGACUUAAUCUAAACUUUACAGUGUUGAGCUAUUGUUACAGUAGCUGCCCUAGAGUUGCAGAAACAAGCUGUACAAACCCAUCCCUGUCUACUUACCCAGACAGCCUGGAGUUAAUGAAGUUAAUAAAAAUUGUGUGCAUGUAUGUUUGAGAAAGAAAACUUGAUUCAUACACACUCUAGAAAGAACCUCGAGGUCAUCGUUUGUGCAGAAAGUCUCGUGCCCUCUCGAGUUUAAAGUUUGGUCAAUACUUGUCUAUUUUUAUAAGAGUGAAAUUGUGCCCCAUCUUUAACCUAAGACAUUUACAUUAUCAGGAUCAAUAUGCUAGAAUUAAAUCAUAACAUUUUUAGGCUCAGAAGGAGGAGAUGUUAAUUGUCUCUUUGAAAGUGUGUGUGUGCGCGUACGCAUGCACGUACUUGCCUGCGUGUGUGUGUGUGUGUGUGUGUGUGUGUGUGUGUGUGUGUGUGUUUUGAGGGGAAUAGAUCACAAAAGCAUGUAUGUGCUUAUAAACCAAGCUGUAGAGAUCAUGUAAAGAACUUGGGUGUUAUUUUGGAGAUUUCUGAGCUAUGGAAAAUAAUAUGGCAUUGUGAUGCGAUGUGGCUAACAGAGCUGUUGGUAUGGAGAAACAGUUAACUGUGGACUGCUAUAAGAUGUUUCCAGAGGACUGUGUUCUUAAACUUUGGGGUUUGCUUUUUUAACUGCCUCUCAGAUUAUAUUUAGUAGUUUAAAUUUCUUUGUUUUAUUAUUUCAUUAAAGUAUAAGAACUUC